CCAUAUAAGGAUGAAAGUCAGAUGGCUUUCCCAUCUAUAUAAGUUUGCGCACUUGUUUUCUUUGUGUGUUGGUGCCAUCCAAUAAGCUGCCAUGGCUCUCCAGACUGCUCUGCUUAGCGUGCUCUUCUGCUCCAUCUUCAGUUUUUCAUUACAGGCUUCCUUUGGAAAACAGGAGGAAAUCACUGGUAACACCAUCGACGACGACGACUUCAGUAUCUCCACACUGUUAGAAAAGGCCAAUGUCAAUGUCGGAAAGGACCUUGAUGACCCACUUGUGAUAGAUGGAGACAUAGCGGUGCCAACGGGUCUAGAAAACGCUGAUCCCUGCACAGCUCGUGGCUGCCUGUGGCCUAAAUCCCGAGAUGGAAAUGUCUAUGUACCCUUCCGCAUCUCUAGUGAAUACUCCCAAAGAGAAAGAGACGUUAUCACACGUGGUCUGCAGUCAUUUGAAGAAUCUACCUGCAUUCGCUUCACACCGGUGAGGAGACAGAGGGACUUUGUGAACAUUCGGUCUCUGUCAGGGUGUUUUUCUUUUGUCGGACGUCGUGGUGGUGGCCAGGAUGUGUCACUGAUGCGGCAGGGCUGCGUUUUCCAGCAAAUCGUCCAACAUGAGCUGCUCCAUGCCCUGGGCUUCAAUCAUGAACAGACCCGGUCCGACAGGGACCAGCAUGUUCGCAUCCUGCUGGAGAAUGUCAUUUCUGGAAUGGAGUUCAACUUCAAUAAAAUCAACACCAUAAACCUUGGCACUCCCUAUGACUACAACUCUGUCAUGCACUAUGGAAGGUUUGCCUUCUCAAGUAACAGGCAGCCAACCAUUAUUCCCAUCCCCGAUGAGAAUGUAGCCAUUGGCAGAGCCACUGCCAUGAGUCCUAAUGACAUCCUUCGAGUGAAUCGCCUUUACCGCUGCAAUACGACUGUAACCACACAUAAGAUGAAAACUGCCAGGAAGCCAACGUUCAUCCGUAACUGAAAGAAAACAGAGGAAGAAUGACGCAUCUUCAUGCAAAACUACAAAUUCAUGCUGUGCUUUCUGAAUGUGCUUUCACCAAAUUAUGGAGUAAAGUAGCUUUUGUGGCAACCUAAUGAUGAAUUAAAAGUGCUGGCAAUUGAACAUUAACCUCAUUGCAAAAUCACAUGUAUAACUGCUCGCUGACUUGAUGAACUGCUCAAAUUAAUAAAAAUAUAUUAAUCUCC